UGUUGAUUACAACGAUAAAUUAUUUAUUUUUCGAUUUUAAAUGUUACUUUAUAUUUAUAUAUAUAAAACGAAUGUAGAAAAAAAUAUAGUGAGUGUGAAAAUUCGAAUUAAUAAAAAUCAUUUGUAUUAAGCAUACUAGUAUUGAAGAAUGCCCGUAUCGCGUAACUAGAAUUUUGUAUGAGAAGAAUAAAUUCAGUAUUUGUUCAUUAUAUGAAAAAAUCAAGGGAUAAUAUGGUGAAAGGACGGCGAAAACGUAUGCAAACAAAAAACACAGGUCGUACAAAAGUUAAUGUUUUAUCCACUCAAAACGAUAUAAAUCAAUCACCAAUGAAAAAGGAAACCAAACUAGAUGAUACUAAAAAUGUAAAAAAAGUUAAUUCAGAUGAAAUUCACUCAACACAUAAGUCACCUGUAUGCAUAAGUUCCUUUUUUUAUACACAAAUUACAGAUAUUUCUAAAAAUAAAACUUCUAUAGUGCCUAUUGAAGAAAGGUUUUAUAGAAGUGAAAAAAUCAAUGCAGUACAAAAUGAUAUUCUUACUGAUGUUGGUCAUUUCAGAACAGAUGAAACACCUGUAGCAGUACCUAUACAUGGUCCAUCAACACCGCACAGAAUUAAUAUGCCAAAUGAUCAAUGUGAAGACUUAGAUGAAAGAAAUACAAAUGAUAAUAAGUCUAAAAAAUCUAUAGCUCCAACACUUCAUUUAGAACAACAAAUUUCAAAAAAAACUCCUAAUCGUGGCCGUAGAAAAUCAAACAAUAAUCAUUCUAGUGCAAUUUAUGCAUUAGAUUCUACAAAUAUCAAAAGUACAAAUCACAAGCUUACUGAUUACUUUCCAGUACGUCGUAGUGUCAGGAAAUCUAAGAAAGCUGUAUUAGAAGAAAAACAACGUGAUAUGGAAAACAAAGUGCUGUGUCAAGUAGAGGAAGGUUUAGAAGUAAGAUAUUUUGCUGGUAAAGGUCGUGGAAUAGUAACAACACGAGAAUUUAUGAAAGGAGAAUUUGUAGUAGAAUAUAUUGGUGAAUUAAUUGAUCAAGUAACAGCAAAGAAACGUGAAAAAAUAUAUGCACUAGACCAAAAUACUGGAUGUUAUAUGUAUUAUUUUCAACAUCGUAAUCAUCAGUAUUGCGUUGAUGCAACAGCAGAAACUAAUAAAUUAGGUAGAUUAGUAAAUCAUUCAAGAAAUGGUAAUUUAAUUGCACGAGUUGUAGAAGUAGAAUCAACACCUCAUCUGGUACUUACAGCAAAAGAAAAUAUACCUAUUGGAGUAGAAGUAACAUAUGACUAUGGAGAUCGAAGUCGCGAAGCUAUUCGUCAUCAUCCAUGGUUGGCAUUAUAGCGCUAUCAAUCAAUUAAUUACAAUAGCAUGAUAUAUUGUAUAGCAAAAUUCGUUCAUUUGAUUUUGUUCCUCCUAUGAAGGAACAAUAAAUAUAUAAAAAACUUUAGUUGAAUUUUAUGAAAAAGAGUACAUAAAAAAGAAAUAUAUUCAUGUACUUUUGCUUUAAUAUGACAUACAUAUAAUUAUGCAUUUCUUUAUCUAUAUAAUAAAGAGACAAAGAAGAGAAAAUUAUAGAUAUUAGAUAUCUUAUGAAAUAAACAGUAUAGUUCACUAGUUUUAUUAUAUUUUAAUUUUCAUUUGUCAAAAAUGCCAAAUUUGUAAAAAUUAUUAAAGUUUAUUAAAGUUUUUAAUUAUAUAUUUUUUUAAUGACUAUUGUAUUUAAUUCAUAAUUAUAUGAUAUUUAAUUAUUAUUUGUGAUUAUAUGAUAGUUUUGUAUUGCAAUUCAAAAACAAUUUUAUGUGCGCAAACAUGCGCGAAUUUUUCAUAAUUUAUGACAAAUACUUCUAGUCUUGGAUUUAGUCUAGUAUUAAAUAAAGUUGAUAUUAUUAAACACCUCAAAAAAAAAUACUAGAUCAAAACUUUUCCUGGCUGAAGGAUUUGUGAUAUAUCGAUAUACAUGUCUUCUCUUCUUAUUUUUAAAUACUUAAUUAUGUACUUCGAUCUCUGUAUCACGAAAUUUAUAAAUUAAUAUUAUUUUUUUUUAUUUGUCAAUUUGUCACUGCCAAAUUCUAAAUCAUAUGUGAA